AUGUUCCAGUCAUUGUUCAUGGCGUCGGAACAAUCUUGCUCUACCAGUCUGGCCGCAGCAGUCAGACGGCAGCUAUCACUUGCCUGCAUUGCAAUGCCGGCAAUCCUCUCUCUUGUCCCUCACAAGGAAGUCCGCUUCAUAUACCCCCUGUUACCCUGUCUUCACAUCAUCGCUGCCGCUCCAGUAUCCAACUUCUUCACUCCUUCCAUAUCUUCCGCUUCUGGAUCAUAUACCCCGCGGAGACUUCUCUUGAUAUUCCUAGUGCUGGUCAACGUUACCAUUGCCGCAUAUACCACCAUUAUCCACGCCUCAGGUGUCAUUGAUGUACUCGGAUACCUCCGUGUACAACAGGAUACCCAUUACCAGUAUGAGCCCUCCCGUGGCCUUACUGCGGGAUUUCUCAUGCCAUGCCAUAGCACUCCCUGGCGGUCACAUUUGGUAUCUCCUCACAUCCGCGCCUGGGCUCUGGGCUGUGAACCACCUGUCAAUCUCUCCCCAGAGGAAAAAGCCACCUACGUCGAUGAAGCAGACCAAUUCUACAAUAACCCUUCUGAGUUCCUAUCCCAGCAUAUGGCUAGCACUGGAAUAAUCUCUAAGCAUUUCUCAUCUGCGUCUACUCACAAGCAUGAUUGGCCAGACUACCUUAUCUUCUUCUCCCAUCUAGAGCCAACACUCAAACAAGAUGUUCGCUCUUCAUCUUCAUACGCCGAAUGCUAUCGCACUUUCAACACGGCCUGGCAUGACGACGCACGCCGAAAGGGAGACGUGAUAGUCUGGUGUCGUGAUCCGAAGAUCCAAUCGGACUGGCGGACCAGCCAGAUUCGCAAAACUAUGCCUAAAAGCGAGAAACCUUCAUCUCAGCAGCAAAAGCAACAGCAGCAACAGCGUAGCUUCGACCGGAUCAUCGAUGUCUUAGCCAGAGAACAAGACAGUGUUGCCCAGCCACAGUCAGACUCAUCUUGGGUUCCUUGGUGGAGCAGCAGCAGCAGUUCACCAGAGACAAAGAAGACACAAGACAUAUUCUCCUCGUUCCAGACCUCGUUUUCGCUUCCUUCGCUCUCAUCUCCAUUUUCAUCAUGGUCAUUGAGUAAACGACGAUCUCAGCAAUGGAACUGGCCGUGGCAGCGCCGACGCAAGGCUCCAAUUUUCCAGCUGAAAGACAAUAUUGUCUCAAUGUACCAGAGGAUGACUGCCCGACGGCAAGCAACGAAUGCACAGCGCGAUCUGUGGUCUUGA